CUGUGCGCCGGCGGAAUACCCUGGCCCGAACUGGUUUUCCCAGCCGAGGGUUCUAUAGCAGUAACAGAGCGGAGAGAUGUGCAGUCUGUGUCAGAUCGAGCCCGCCGCCAGCCGAGAUCGCACUGAGUUGCACAGAGAUUGAGAAAUGGCGGCCGAGCAGAAAAUCAGUUACAGGAAUCUCUACUUAAGUGUAUUUAUAAUAAACAUCGUUUACUUGGGAGUGGGAGAGAGUAAUGUUUGGACUUCACCGGCCAUUCCACGGCUCAAGGAGGAAGGAUCUAAAUUUGCUGGGACAAGUUUCAACGAGGCAUGGCUUGUAUCUUGCUUCGCCAUUGGCCAGGUCUUGGGACCGCUCAUCAGUGGGUGCUUCAUGGACACCCUAGGCCGCAAGCCGACCACCUUCCUCAUCAUCCUAUUCAUGGUGAUCAGCUGCUCUAUGCUGGCCGUUGCCUCCACUGUGGAAAUCCUCUACCUCGCCAGAAUCAUUGGAGGCUUCUCCUUCGGCAUGUCUGUCUCCGUUCUUCCAGUAUACGUAGCAGAGCUGAGUGAUCCUGCCGUGAGAGGUACUCUGAACUCCUUCCCAUUGGCAUCUCGCUCCCUCGGCUACUUCUUGAUGUACGCUGUGGGGCCUAUCGUCAGCUACAUGAACCUGAUCCUGGUCACGAUCGUAGCUCCGGUGAUCGCACUCCUGCUGAUCUUCCUCCUUCCAGAGUCGCCCUAUCACUUGUUUGCCAAGGGCAAGUCGGAGAGUGCUCACCAGACUGUGACUUGGCUCAGGAGAGGUGCUACCAAGGAGGCAAUCCAGGCUGAGGUCGACACUAUGCAGAAAGCUGUGGAAGAGAUUAAAGCCAAUAAGAAGAGUUUCCGGACCUUAAUCUCCACCAGAGCCAGCAUCCGGGCUCUAUACAUCAGCUGCGGUUUGCUGUUCUUCUUGCAGAUGUCCGGCAUACCUGUCAUCAUGUCCAUCACAGAGUCUCUUUUCAUCCUCGCCCGAGUGAACAUCUCGACCAAACUCUGCACUCUUAUCUUCGGUGGUCUCAUGCUGACAGUGGGCCUGCUGGGACCUGCAGUUACUCGCCGCUUUGGCUUCAAGACUCCUCUCACAAUAUCGGCUUUUGGGAUGUUCUUGUCCCUGUCAGUAUUUGGAGGCCACUUCUACAUGAUCAGCCUGGGUUACGACAUGUCGGAUUACAGCCUGGUUCCACUCUCAAGUCUUGUGGCAUACAUCAGCUUUUUCUCUUUAGGAUUUUCAAACAGCGCCUUUGCCGUAGUUGGCGAACUGUUUGCCCCGAACAUCAAAGCUCUCGGAACAUCUCUGACGAACUGCAUAGGGUUUGCAUGUGCCCUGCUCUCCAUCCAACUGUACUACGUAAUUAAAUCAACAUUCGGCAUCCACUUCGGCAUCUGGAGCUUUGCCCUCACCAACGCUCUUGCCGUUCCAUUUACCAUCUUCUUCGUUCCCAACACCAGCGGCAUGAGCCUACUAGAAAUACAAGAGAUGCUGAACAAACCCUGGUUCGACAAGAAGAACAAAGUAGUACCAAUAGAAGAGAGGUACACGAUGAGAGAAGUGUGCUACAUUUAAAAAGACUGUUUAACGUAAAACUAUUCAAAGACUGUGUUAGUUGUAAGAUGAUGUAAAUAUUUGACCAUGUACAGAAUGCCUAUUGUGCUAUGAGAAUUUGUACAAACCGACUCAUGUAUGAUGUGCGAAUUGUAAAAAAAGUACCUACCUGACUUUUAUAAAGUCUCAAUAGAAUGUAAAAAUAGAUUAGAUUGUGUAAAUAACACUUGUAAAUUGUACAUAGUAAACCUUUCUAGAAAACUAAAA